AACCGAUCUUCCAACUUUUUCUCAGAAAAAUUUUGCUUAUGCAAAUAUGCUCUUAGGUCUUGGCUAUCAAACGCUGAAAACCGCAGUUCUCUAUCUUGUUCCUAUCAAAAGUUAUUCAAAGAACAACCGAGUGCCUUGAAUUCUGGAACGGAUAGUAGUAGUCAUAGAACUUUUCAGUAGAACAAACAAGUAAUAGAUACAUUUAGUAUUGAUUUAUAGACUUUCAGUUGAUAUAAUGACUGGUUUAAUUAGCUAUGUUGUGUUAUAUUAUUAAACAUAAAUUCAACUUUCGAUAUUUUAAAUUCUAUUUGAAAUGUUAACAUGUAUUGAAAUUUGAAGUAAACACAAAAUAUUUUUUAAAAUUUAAAUAGUUCUUCAGAUUUUCCAUUUGAUUUAAAAAGUAAAUCUCUAACUUCUUUUCUCAUGCAUAGAUUACAUUGAAAAACAGUUUCAUUUGGAUACUUGUUUAUUACAAACAGAUAUUAACACUCGUCUAUUCAUCUAUGUCAAACCUACUUUUAAAUUCUCAGAACUCUUAUAGAAUAUGUAACAAGAGUCCAUUAAAAUGUUGAAAGAAUUUUUUUAUUUAUUAAGUUUUAGAUUUUAUUCAUUAUUAUUAUUACAAAUUUUUUUAUUCUAAGACAAACCUUGGACAGAACUUGCUUCUUAAAUGUCCAGGAUUUCAGGAUAGAUACCACACCAUACACUAUAUUUGUAGUAGAAUUUUUAAAAAUCGAAACUCUAGAAAACUGAUUGCCUCGAAAUCUGCCCUUAUCCUAGAACAAGAAUAAUCCUCGUUAGACAUACUAUUGAUAGAUUGAUUCUAGUGGAUUUUGUCAUCGAUUGACCGACUUGGAAAAUGAACGUUUUAAUCGACAAGAUUAUACUCUUGCUUGGCUAGAUAUGAAAGUAGAUAAACGUGAUGAACAUACGAAAAAGUUAGUACGAAAAUUAAAUGAUUAUAUCAAAAUUUUUACUGAUAUUAUUGAGUGUGAUCAAUAUUUACGUGAUAAACGUGAUCCUGUCUUUCUUAUCAUAUCUGGUUCUUGUGCUACUCAAUGUUUAUCUCGUAUUCACAAUAUACCGACUAUUGAUUCGACUUUUAUCUAUUGUGCAUCACCAUCGAAAUAUAAAAAAAUGAUCGAUAUGAAUACGAAAGUGGUUAGUUGUGUAUCCACUGAGCGAGAACUUUUCAAUCAAGUGCAUUGGUGGACUGAAUUAAAAUGUUCAACUUAA